AUGGACUGGUUCCGAUUGCUGGCACGGAUCCCACUCCUGGGACUACUCCUCAUUCUCGCCAUUUUAUUUAGAAAUUAUCUUCGCUUACGACGAAUUCCUGGACCUUUCCUCGCUGGCUUAACAAAUCUAUGGAGGGUUUACUACGUCAAGAAAGGAGAUGCGCAGGAUACCUACAUUCGACUUCACAAGAAGUACGGCAAUGUUGUCAGGGUUGGGCCGAAUUGUGUUAGUGUAUCUGGUUUGGACGCUAUCCAAGCUAUCUACAAUGUCCAGGACAAAUUUCCCAAGUCCGAAUUUUAUACACCCCAGCAGUUUAUUGUCCGUGGAAAACCGUACGAGAAUAUGUUUAACACCACAAGCGAAGAUUUUCACCAAAUGCUAAGGAAGCCUGUUGCAAAGGCUUAUUCUAUGACGACAAUUAUGGAGUAUGAACCAUUCGUAGAUGAUACUACAUCUCUAUUUCUCAAAAAACUUAUAGAGCUAUCUGGCGAAACCAUCGACUUCGCAGUCUGGCUACAAUACUACGCAUUCGACGUAAUCGGCGAAAUGACCUUCUCGAAGAAAUUCGGUUUCUUAGAAAAAGGCGAAGAUGUCAGUGGAAUCAUACAUACGCUUCAUAGCCUCUCUCGAAUUCAGAUAUUAGGUCAGAUUCCUUGGGUAGAUAGGUGGUUUAUUAAAACUUAUCACAAAUACAAGUCUCGACCUUCAACGUCACCUGUAGUACAGUUUACUAUGACACAGAUGCAGCAGAGACUCAAGAGUGUAAGGUACGAUGACAAGGAGUUUUUGGCGGAAAGCGGGAGAAGAGAUUUUCUGUCCAGGUUUCUUGCUGCACGGGGACAGUAUCCAGAUAUUGUCGAUGAUUUUCGAGUGCUAGCUUAUACAAAUACAAACAUCGUUGCUGGCAGCGAUAGUACGGCGAUAACCCUGCGAGCAAUCUUUUAUCACCUGCUUCGAAAUCCGGUUACGAUGGAUCGACUUGUUCGAGAGAUAGACGCCGCAGCUCAAGUCGGUCAGAUAUCGCCAAUGGUCACGUGGCCUGAAUCCCAAACUCUAGAAUACCUGGACGCUGUCAUCAAAGAAGGUUUAAGAAUACAUGCUGCCAUCGGUCUCCCCCUCGAGCGCGUCAACAAUAAACCCAUAAAUCUAUACGGGUACGAGUUUCCAGCCGGAACAACCAUCGGUGUGAAUGCCUGGGCUAUGCAUCGUGAUACCACGGUUUUCGGUGACGAUGCUGACAUCUGGCGACCGGAACGCUGGAUUCAUGCGGGUGAAGAGCAGAAGAAGCUGAUGAAUAGGGGCCUCUUUUCCUUUGGCGGCGGAACCAGACAAUGUAUUGGACGAAAUAUCAGUCUUUUGGAAAUGUACAAGCUGAUACCGACACUCUUGCUAAAGUUUAACUUUGAACUAGCAGACCCUGCCGAAGAUUGGUCGUUGUUUAAUUCCGUAUUUGUACAUCAAUCUAACCUAAACAUGGUGGUACAGCAACGGGGUGAAGCCCGACAAGCUGGUUGUCAAGACGAGGCCUGA